AUGGCUGGCAGUAGUAGCAGGGACGACGACGAGGCGUGGGCGAGGGCGGCCAGGAGCGCUCUCACCGGCCUCCCUCCGUUGCCGCCCGCCAUCGCCGCCGCCAGCAGCCUCGGCGGUGCUGGUGGCGGCCUAGGCGGCGGCAUCGUCUCCGGCGGCCGCUGCCCGCCGUGGCUCCACCCGUGCUUCGCCGACCUGCUCGGCAGCUACGGCGCUCCGGCCGUCGCCGGCGCGGCGGCUGUGCCGCUCGACGUGCCUCUCCGCUUCCUGCACAGCUUGCUCGAGGCGCUGCACGCCCACUGCGCCCUCCCGACGGGAGAGCACUCGGCGGCGGUCGUGGAGGCCAUCGAGGCGCUGAAGAAUGGUGCCGAGCUCGCAGCGUACGCACCUGUCGGAGGCUCUGGCGACUCGCCCCGCCGCCUGCUCGACUUCCUCUCCCGCCUCACCGAGUUCCUCUCCCGCAAGGACGCACUCGGCAUGCCUGGGGCCUCGCUGCUGCUGCCGGUCGGCUGGCUCAAGGCGGCGGAGGAGGGGCUAGCCCCUCCGUCCCUCGACGCGGACUCGUCCUUUGGCGGCGGGGGAGGCGGAGGCGGAGGAGGCGGAGGAGGAGGAGGCACACCUCACGCAGUGGUGAUGCUGGCUCUGCGCAUGGUGCGGCCGGGGGCGUGGGACAUCGCUGUCUGCUCUGCGCGCGGCGGCGCCUACCACACGGCGCCGGGCAGCCGCGGCUGCAGGCGCGGAGCAGCAGCCGGCGAGCCGCCCGAGCCGCCCUUCCUCCGGCCCGUGCAGCUCAGCGGGGUCGCCGAGCCCGUCGCGUCAGUGCACGGCGCCGCGCUGGCGAUGCGGCGCGCUCUGACGCAGUGCGCGCUGCUCGCCAACCAAACAGGCGCGGGGCGGGGGGUGAGUGGCGGCGUGCACCACUCGGCCAGCCUCCGGGUGGCGCUGCUGCAGCACCUCUUCAUCGGGGUGCUGCCGCUGCCGCUGCUUGUAGCUGUGAACGGCGUCUCUUCACGCCUGCAGCUGUGGGGCUUCGACCGCCGCUGCUUCUGGCACGCGGCGCCGGUGGCGUUCGAGGAGCAGGCGGAGCUGCUGCGUCUGCUCGGCCAGCUGAUCCGGCACUACGCGGCGGCGGUGCUCUGCCUGACGCCGACGCGCGAGAUGGACGCCGCACGCAUCGUCACCUCCUCCUGCGCCGCGGCGCUGCUCGACGCGCUACUGCGCGCCUGCAGGUUCUCGCUCGCACCCUUCGGAUUCCGCGAGUUGCCCUCCGCCAACCUCAAGCUCACCUCGCCCGAGCUCGCGGCGGCGCGCGCGAUGUGCCUCGACUACUUCCUCGCCGUCACCCACGCCGUCCCCGAGGAGCACCUCUGCUUCGGCUGGAGCCGCGCAGCCUCUUUCUCGCCGGGCGAGCUGGGGCGCUCGCCGGCCGCGUCGCCUAAGCAACCACUCAUGAUUCAACUGAGUCGCGAGCUCGCACUCGCCGGCCGCGUCUCCACCGACCUCGGGUUCGACUCGGCCGAGGUGCGCAGCGAGGGGGUGGCGCCGGUGCCGCCGUUCGCGCGCCUGCUGACUGGCGAGGAGCCCGAGGUGCUCACUUUCUGCCCCGGGCUCGCCACUCUCCGCGACGGCGUCUUCCUGCUCCGGCUGCUGCUCUGUCUCCCGCCGCGGAGGCGCUGGCUGCCUUCCGACGCGGCGCUCGCGUGGAGGCACGAGGCGAUGAAGGGCGGGAAGGCGGACGUGGCGGUGCGCGGGUUCGGGCAGGCGGCGCUCAACGUCUGGAUCCUCGUCCCGCGCAUCGAGAAGCCGAACGGCCUGCUGGCCGGCUUUGUGCAAGGCCUUGUCGGCGGGAAGGAGAGCGGCGGCGCCGGCCGCACCACCCGCCCGCGCGCGACCGAGUCUGGCGCCACGGCGGCGGCGCUGCUGGCGGGGCGCGGCGACGCGGCGCCAAAGGGGCCUCCAGCGCCCGAUGCGCGGCUCCUCGAGUCGGAGGAGGGCGUGCUGCACCUCGGCACGAACGCGCUCCGCUCCUUCCAGCUGCAGAGUGACAACGGCGGAGGCGGAGGCGGAGGCGGCGAAGCCGGCGGCGGCGGCGGCGGCGGCGGAGGAGGAGGAGGAGGAGGAGGAGGAGGAGGAGGAGGAGGAGGCGGGCGAGGGUGGCCGGUCUACGGAGCACACAUGCUCUCGCCUCGCGACGCGGAGCUGCUGCUGCAGUACCUGAGUGCGCCCUACGUGCGCAUCCCGCUGCUGCUCGACUUCUUCGCCGACCCGCUCCGCAUCCAGGAGAAUCUGGGGGAAUCUAGGGGAGCGCUCUCCCAGCCUCGGCUGCAGAGCGCGCUCGAGCGGAGGGCGGCCCGGCCGCUCCCCGCGAUCUCGGGGAAUCUCGGGGUAAUCUCGGGGAACCUCGGGCAGGCGGAGGCGGUCCGACCGUUGCCCGACACGAUCCCGGUCAAGAAGGAGGAGCGCGAGGCGCUGCUCUCGACGCCGGUCGGCCUCCUCUUCCACGAGCUCGUGCACUCGCCGGAGGGGCUGGUGGUACCCACGGUCGACAAGAUGCUCGCCGCCGCGCUCAACAUGGACACGGGCGCACCGACAGGCGCGUCCGCCGCAAUCAUCCUCUUCGUCGCUCGACUGGCGGUGCGCGUGGAGGCGUACGUGGUGUUCCUGGCGGAGCACCGCGCGUGGAGGCGCGAGCCGGAGCAGGGGCAGAGGCGGGCGCAGGGCGAGGCCGACCGGCGCGAGAUCGGGCGCGAGAUCGAGAUCGGGCGCGAGAUCGAGAUCGGGCGCGAGAUCGAGAUCGGGCGCGAGAUCGACACUACUGGCGACGUCGACGCAGAGGUGCUCUCCAACGUUGCGGCGUCGGUGUCGGCAGCCAGCACGCUGCGAGGUUCGAGGGCGGCGGCGACAGCUGCGACAGCUGCGGCGGCGGCGGCGGCGGAAGCGGCGGCGGAGGCGAACGCGGCGGACGUGGCGGACGUGGCGGACGCGGUGGCGGUGGAGAGGGGGGCUGUGCGGCCCGGACAGGCGUCUGCGGCGCCCGCCCGCUCGCUGCCGCACCCCGGGCCCGGGGGCGGCCAGUCUGGCUGCGGUCCGCGCGCCGUCCUGCGCGGCCUCGAGGUCAUGGAGGGGGCCGACGCCGACGCGCGGUGGCACGCUCUCGACGCGUCGUUGUCUCGGCUCCGCGAGCGGCUGCAUGGGGAGGUGUACGAGCGUCUCGAGGCGUGGUUCGAGCACGCCAUCGGCCGCAAGGACUUGCGCACCGCGUGCGUCGUCUGCGCGCACCUCGCUCUCCUCUUCGAGAACGCGCGACCCUUUCCCGUCUUCCUGACACACAACUUCGAGUGGGAUGCUGAGGCGCCGCUCACCGCCGCCGCGCCGCGCCCGUCGCCGCGCCCCUCGCCGAAGGGGACCCCGGCGCAGACGAGGGAGGCGGGGGCGCAGGCAGAGAGCGCGGAGGCGGCCGCGAAGCGAGCGGCGGCGAGGCAGCUGCGCAUCCCUCAGUCGCAACUCUUCGACCUGUGGCAGCGGCACAGGCACGCCCUCCUGCGCGCCCUCGGCGGGAGAGAGACGCGCGGCGCGCGGGCCGAGGCUCGCUCGGCGCUGAUGGCGCGCGUUGACUUCCUGCUCACUGCGCUCGGCCCGUGGCGGGAGAUGCGAGGCGAGCGCAACGUCGGCCGCUUCGUGCUCGGCGACGAGGCGUCGGCCCUAUCGGCGAGGUCUGCGCCGGGGAGUGCUCUCAGCGCCGCCAGCGCCGCCAGCGCCACCGCGGGAGGAGGCGGCGGCGGCGGCGGCGGCGACAGCUACGAGGCGUGGCUGCGAGACGAGUGCUCGAUCGACGCGACGCAGCAGGCGAUCAACGCGCAGCUGGGGAGGCUCAUUUUUGGCGCGAGCGCGGACGCCUCCUCCUUCCAGUCCGCCGAAGUCGCGGCGACCAAGCAGCGGACCCACCUCCGGCUCGUCAACCGGAGGCACGAGCUGCAGCGACACUUCAAGCGGCUCGACGGCCACACUCGCCCACACGCGCAGCCGCUCCGCUGGCUGCUCGAGGGCGCGCUCGGGCGGGUCGCCCCCCCCUCGCACAAGACGUGGCUGCGCGAGCUGCUUGAGCCAGUGCGCAAGGCGCACUUCCCGAGGCUCCAGCUCUUCCUCCCGUUCGCCCACGCGGCGGAGGGCUUCGCCGAGGCGCGCGCGGCGCUGCUGCGCGGCGCGGCGCCCGACGGCACCUGCAAGGAGGUGGUCGUGCUGCGCGACCCUCCGGUCGUCUGGGUGUACAACGUGGUCGAGCACGGCCGUUCGACGUACCGCGAGGUUGUGUUUUGCUCGCGCGCGGACUGCUGCCUCGCCUCCCUCCCCUCGGCGCCUGCCGAGCACUCUGGCGUGCCGGUGCUAACGUGUGGAGAUGCGAUGGCGCCGGCGGUGGACGACGCGUCGCUUGUCAUCACGAGGCAGGUUCCCGUCACGCUGGCCGGACUCCCCCCCUUCCUCGCGCCUGCCUCGGCCGGCACGCCCCGCAGGACAAAGUCAGCCGACCGCUUCGAGUUCGGGCCGUCUGGCGCCACCGAUACGAGCGGCGGCGCCACGCCGCGGGAGGAGGGGCUGGAGGAGGGGUUUCGGCUACAGACGCCGCUGCAGCGAGGCGCGCCCGGCGUGCAGCGCCAGCCGACGUCGCAGCUGCUCGAGCAAGCCUUCCUCCCGGCCCGCCUGCUGCGCGGUCUCCUGCCAGACGCGCUGCUCGAGUCGCACCUCUUCUGGCAGAACGGCGACGGCUCGCUGAGCGGGUACCCUGCGCACGCACCGCAUAAAGGAGGGGACGGGGCCCAGCCCGCCUCUGGCGCCUCCGCCUCCGCCUCUGCCUCCUCCUCCUCCUCCUCCACCUCCGCCUCCUCCUCGGACUCGGCCUCCCAGCCCGCCGUCCUCCUCGUCUCGCUCGUCCGCGAGGCGUCGCCCGCCGAGGAGUUUGGCUCGACGGCGUCUAAUGAGGCGAGCCCCGCCGCCAGCGCGAGCCCCGCCGCCAGCAUGGACGGGGUCGCCAGCGCGUGCGUGCGGCGGCGGAGGUUGAAGCCGCGCGGCGGCGGCGGGCUUGCCGAGGCGGCGCGGGGGGAGGGGGAGGCCUCGAGCUUGGCGCGGGACGAGGGGUGGGAGGAAGACGCGGCUGCGGACGGCGCAAAGGACGAGGUGCUUCUCAACCUGCUCCACCCUCGCGCGAGCGGUGCACUGCGCCGUCUCGCCGCCGUCCUGCGGCGGCUGGACGACUUGUCGCACGUGCUCGCCUGGGCGCGCGACGCGGCGAGCGGAGGCGACGAGGCCGCGGCGGCGCGCGGGGGAGGCGGCGAGGGGGCGGCGGGGGGCGGGGAGUGGCGGCUGGCGCUGGUGGAGCUGCCUCGGCUGCGGCUGAGCUUUGAGGCUCGGUCGGCUGCUGGCGGAGAGACGCGCCUCUACUGCUGCGAGCACUCGGACCUCUUCCUCUCCCGCCUCUCUCUCUCCCCCCGCCCCUCCCCCAACCGACCCGAGGCGGCAGCACCCGGCGACGCGACCGAGGCGAGCCCGCCCGCCGGCGGCAGCGGCGGCGCGGCGGCCGGCGGCGAUCCGUCCUCCGCCGCCUGCACCUCGCAGCAGGCCCGCUCCGCUGCGCUGGCGCAGCUCCUCCGCUGCGUGCCGCACGCGGUUCUGCUCGAGGACGGACAGGGGGACAUCUCCGUCCUCGUCUCCGCCGCCGCGCGGCCGCUGGCGCGGCACUACCUCUACCCGGUGCACCCGUCCCAGUCGCUGCUCUGCUCGUCGACACUCGCCUCGUCCCUCUACCUGCUGCUGCUCACACUCGCCCACCGGCGGUGCGAUGACAGGAUGGUGCCAAGAAGGUACGACGACACGCUCCGCCUCUCCGACGCCUGCUCCGCCGACACGCGCCCCUCGGCGGAGGAGGCGCAGCUCUGGAGAGCCGUCGUGGAGGCGGGGCUGUCCGACAGCCACCCCGAGGCGCGCACCACCUCUCGGCGCGCGGCGGGUGCGCACGCGGCCCGCCUCAAGUUGUGGCUCGUGCAGCGCCGCUCCCUCGUCGCGCCGCCGCCUCCGCCGCCGCCUCCCGAGCGAGCCCCCUCCUCCCCAAACGGGGCAGCCACCGGAGGCAGCACCGUGCACAAGGGCUUGCUCAUUGCGGGCGGGUUCCCGGCGGCGGGCGUGUCGCUGCCGCUGACGCCCACGCGCCGCGCCGCCGCGCCCUCCCCCUCCGCCGCCGCGUCCGCGUCCGACCCGGCGCUGCCCUCUUGGGACAUCGGCGCGUCCCUCGAGGCGUACGUGCUGUGCCGGCGCGCCGUGAGGGCAGACUGCUUGCUCCACCCCUCCGAAGAGCUGGAGCUGCUCUCGGACGCCUCCACGAAGCAGCAGCACCCCCUCGAGCGCGCCGAAGCGACCGCCCGUCUCGCGUCCUACCACGACGCGCUCGCCGCCGCCGCCGCCGACGCCGCCGACGCCGCCGCCGACGCCGCAGAUGCCGCUGAUGCCGCCGCCGCGGCGCCGCCCGCUCCGAGGCGCGCUGGAUCUGCCUCUCUCCGCCACGAGCGCAGCCGCCGGUACGGGGAGAGGUACGGCGACGUCUUCCCGCUGCCUCCGCCUCCGCCGCCCCCUCUGCGGCUGGAGCAGCUGCCUUGGUUCGACGCGGAGGUGUUCGCGCCGGCGCUGCUCGAGGGGGAGGCCCGCGACGGGGAGGCGCUCGCCGCGGUAGCUGCCCGCGACGGGGAGGCGCUGCCGCGGCUGGCAGCGCCGGACACGGCCGAGGCGCGCGGCUUCACGGGCGAAGGGGCGGUGGCAAAGGUGGAUCGGCUGCUCGACGGGCUGUCGUUGGAGCGCGACUUCGUGGCGCUGUACGAGCUCAUCACGGGCGAGCUGCAGCGCACACGAGAUCACACGAGAUCACGCGAGAUCACACGAGAUCACGCGAGAUCAGGCGAGCUGCAGCUGACGCCCCUCGAGGCGCACGACCGCUCUCCCGGCUCCAAUAGAGACGGCCGGCUCCUCGGCGCCGUCCUCCUCCGCGUCGCUGUCCACCGCGCGAUGCGCGCCGACGGCUGGGGCGCCAAUCUGCCCUUGGCCGCGCUGCUGCAGCUUCUUGCCGAGCAGCCGCGCGACGCGAUGCAGGAGGACGCGCCGCGGCCUCGCCGCGAGGCUGCCGCACUACGCGGACCUGCUGCUGCGUGCCAGGGCAGAGGUGACGGCGACCUCAUCACCGUGAGCCACGAGGCGCUGCGCGCCCUCGCGACGCACCCGCUGGAGCAGCUGGUCGGGCGCGACGCCGAGAGGUCGAGCUACGUGCUCGAGGCUGUGAACAAGGAAGUGUCUGCCAUCGGCACGCAGCCGGCGCACAGCCUGGCCGAGAUCUUCGACGUGGAGGCGCACCCGCACGCAUCGACGCACGUGGCGCAGGAGCUGCUCGCCAGGCUCGGCAAGGACGUGGCGGCGUACGCGAUCGACUAUUCGGGCAAGCGCACGCCGCAGCUGCUCUCACUGCAGCCGGAGGCGCGCGGCAGCUGUGCAGACAGCAGAGGACCUCGCCGACUCGCCGAGCUCGAGAAGAGUCUGGCCGAGCUGCGCGAGCGCGACGACGCGACGGCGACCGCCGACGUGCGCCGCGCAGUCGCCGUCGCAAACUGCGCGCCAAGCGCCUCCUCGAGCCGCGACGAGCUCGCCUUUGCCCUCCGGCAGCUGGCAGGGCACGAGGCGCGCAUCCGCUUCCCGCACCUCAGCGUGCAGCUCCUCUCCAACGGCGCCGAAGCCGCCCUCUCCGCCGCCAACCCGACCCUGAGCCCGGGCCGCAUCGACGGUCUGCUGCAGCUGGUUGCAGUCGUGAUGCUGCGCACGUCCCGCCGCGCUUUCCUCGCCGCCGCCAUCUCUGACGUGCGCGGGCUGCGCGACGACCUCGAGCUCAAGGUGCACGAGCAGGCGAGGCUGCAGGAGGCGGCGGGGCGCGCGCAGCACCAGGCGUCGGCCGCGCAGGAGCAAGCCAAGCGCUCGGUGCUCGAGCUUCAGCACCGGGCCUCCGCCCUCGCCGCUCGCCUGACGACGCGCCGCUUCACCGUCCGCUCCGGCGGUGCGCCGCCGCCCUCUCCGGCGUCGCGGCCUCGCUCCCCGCGCCGGCGGGCGCCCGCGUCUCCUCCGCCGCGGCCGGGCGGCGAGGGCCUCACCCUCGGGAGCAGCGUCAAGAACCUGGGAGAGCUCCUCUCUCCGCGCGGCGUGCUCUCCCCCUUCCGCGUCGAGGAGGACGAGGACGAGGCGCCGCGCGGCUUCGUGUACGACCCGCGGCUGCUCAUCUUCGAGUUCGUCUCCACCCUGCUGCUGCGGGAGGAGCAGGUCGACCUCGUCGAGAAGAUCGUGCGCACGCUCUCGGCGGGCGCCAGCGGCGAGCCGGCCGCGCUGGUCUCACAGCUCAUCAUGGGGGCGGGCACGACGGCCGUCCUCACGCCGCUGGUGGACCAAGGAGGUCACUCUUGGUGUGAACGAGUGCAGGCGGGCAAGACGACCGUCGUCCUGCCGCUGCUCGCGCUCUACCUCGCCGACGGCUCGCAGCUCCUCAUGCAGGUCGUGCCCGCGACGCUGCUCACCUUCACGCAGGGCGUGCUGCGCGAGCGCUUCUCGUCGUUCGUGCCCAAGGCCGUGUACACCUUCUCCUUUGACCGGACCACCGCCGUGACGCCGCAGCUGGUCCGCAAGCUGCGCGAGGCGGAGGGGCACGGCGGGCUGGUCUGCUCGACGCCGAACGCGCUCAAGCACCUGAUGCACGAGCUCUCGAACCAGUACAACAAGGAGGCGCAGACGGCCACCCGGGACGCCUCCGGCUUCUUCGGCGCGCAGUCGUGGGCGAGCGGACUCUUCGGCAAGCCCGCCGCGCACGGGGGGGGCGGCGCCGCCUCGAGGUCGCGCAAGCAGGUGGGGCUGUGCUGCGAGGUGAUGGCACUCUUCCAGCGGGGCGUCCUGAUCCUCGAUGAGGUCGACCUCAUCCUGCACCCGCUGCGCGCGGAGCUCAACUGGCCGUUGGGCGAGCGCAAGCCGCUCGACUUCACGUCCGAGCGGCACGCCGCCGGCAUGCGUUGGGAGCUGCCCCUCCACCUCCUCGACCCCUUCCACUUCACCGCGCGGGGCGAGUGCGUGAUGUGCGUGCCUCGCUCGCGCACGUCCGAGCAGCUGCUGCAGCGCAUCGCCGCGGCGGUCGCGCGCGGCUGCAGCCGGCGCGCCAUGACGAUGCGGCCGCACCUGCAGCUGCUCGACCCGCAGUUUUACGAGCGCGAGCUUCGUCCGCUGCUGGCGCGGUGGCUGCUCCUGCUGCUCCUCAAGCUGGGCGUCAAGCAGAUCGACGAGGAGGAGAUGCUCGGCUGGCUCGAGCACGGCCGCUCGCCGCCCGAGGUCAAGGCGUCGGCGCUCAAGCGGCACGUGUGGCAGGUGAAGCUGCUCAACCUGUCGCACGACCUCCUCACCACCACGCUCCCCUUCGUGCUCUCCAAGGUCGACCGCGUCUCGUACGGACUCCUCUCGGCCGACCAGGUCGAGCGCACCAAGCGCGAGAGCGGCGGCGGUCCCGUCCCAACCUCGCGCCGUCUGCUCGCCGUCCCGUUCCUCGGCAAGGACACGCCGUCGCUCGCCUCGGAGUUCUCGCACCCGGACGUGCUCAUCUCGCUCACCAUCCUCGCGUACUCGCACGAGGGCCUCCGCGACACAGACGUGCGCGCCGCGCUCGAGUGGCUCCGCGACGAGAUGUCGCAGCAGUUUGGCCCGUACCCGAAGCGCGCCGCCGCGCUCACCUAUCUGCGUUGGGUGGAGGGGGCAGGCGCCCGUGUUCGCGGCUCGGGAGGCGGCGCCGCCGUCCCCGCCGCGCGCACCGACGACGCCGCCGCCGCCGCCGCCGCCGCGGGCGGCGAGUUCAGCCGUGCCGCCUCGCGCUCCGCCACGCCGCGCCGCUGCCAGCGAGCGGAGCCUCCGCCGCCGCGCGACUCUCCGGCGGCGGUUGGAGCGGGCGCCGCAUCGAGGAGCGGCUCGGCAGCCACCACGCCCGCAGGCGCGGCGGCGGCGCGGCGAGGCGUUGCGCGGGUGCAGGAGGUGUGGCCGCUCCACCUCAUCGAGUGGGACAACGCGGGCCAGAUGGGCGUGCUCUUCCGCCUGCUGCGCUGCCAGCCAGAGGUCAUCCGGUACUACCUGACUGGCUGCGCCACCCCGGGCGCCACGAGCGGCGCCCCGCCGAAGGGUGGCGCACCGCGCGGCGUCUUUCCGCGCACGAUGCAGUUCCAGAGCCAAAAGGUGGGCGCCUCGGGGCAGGAGAUCGGGUCUGACUUGCUCUUUGGGCGCCGGAUGGGCUUCUCCGGCACGCCAAACAACCUGCUGCCCGAGGAGCUCGGGCCGUGCGACUACGCGCCGCUCACGGACGGCGCGAUGCUGCACGUGCUCACCUCGCCGUCGGUCGUGGGCGAGAGCCAGGCGCUACCCGACGACUGGUCGGUCGGCGCGCUGCUUGCGCGGGUCGCCACGUCGGAGCCGCCGCUGCACGCGCUCGUCGACACCGGCGCGCUGGUGACGGGGCUGUCGAACCUCGAGGCUGCGACGCGACUUCUCGAGCUCGGGCUGCGGCACGUGGAGGGGUGCGUCUUUAUGGACGCGUCCGGCAGCAAGAUGAUCCUGCUCCGCGAUGGGUGGCGCCUCCUCAAGCUGGAGCAGUGGCGCCUCCUCAAGCUGGAGCAGUGCGGGCUCCCGCCCGCCAAGCGCUUCUCCUUCUACGACCAGGUGCACACCACCGGCAUCGACAUCCCUCAGCCGGCGGCGGCGGUGGCGGCCCUCACCCUCGGCAAGGACAUGACGUUCCGCGACUACGCGCAGGGCGCCUUCCGCAUGCGCGGCAUCGGCAAGGGGCAGCGCAUCGAGCUGCUCGUGACUCCCGAGGUGCAGCAGCUGAUCGACGUCGCAGAGACGCAGUGCCGGCAGCCACGCAGCGCCGGCAAGCCGCAGCAGACUCUCGGCCGUGCGAUCGAGCUGCGCAAGGUGGUGCAGUGGCUGCACAUCAACACGAUGCGCUCCGAGGCGAUGCAGUUCCACCUGCUCUGCGACCAGUCGCUCGCAAACGUGUGGCGCAAGGCCGCCUUCGUGCAGAUGCGAGAGACGUACCGAAGUAUCUCCACAGAGGUGGACUCCCGCGCGGUGCCGGACUGGUCGCCGGAGCUGGAGAGGGCCGUCGAGCUCUUCCGCAACCGCGUAGUCUUCGAGGUGUCGGCCGAAGUGCCGAGCGGCCGCCGCGCCGAGAAAGCGCUCGCCCACUCCACCGAGCCGAUCAAGACGGAGGGGGGCACGCUGCGCAACGAGGACGGGCGCGUCUACCGGCUGAUGCUGCCGUCGGUGGACUACGUGAGCCCCUUUCUUCGGGGCGCGGAGCAGGUCCGCCUCUGCAACGCAAUCACCUCGCGGCUGGGGGAGGCGGAGCGGCAGCAGGCGCGCCGCAGCGCCGGCUCUCUGGAGCACUGCGCGGCGCUGGAGCACUUCGAGGCCGGGCACCGCCGCGCGGAGUGGGAGCAGCGGCACGAGCAGCAGCAGGAGAGCCAGCAGGAGGAGGAGCGCGAGCAGCAGCAGCAGCUGGUCGUCGUCAACUCUGAGCUCGAGGAGGCGGCAGAUGUGCCGGUCGAGGAGCCGGCGCGGCUCGACUUCUCCCAGGUGCUGCCGGCGGUGCACGCGUGGCCGAUCGAGACGCUCGCCCGCCCGCCCUCCUCCGACGGGGAGGCGGCGCCCUUCUACCCGCUCUCCGACUUUCGCGUGCGGUCGCCGCCCAACGGGCCGCCCUUCGAGCCGCUCGCGCUGCCCCACUGCCUGCUGCUCUCGCGAAACUACUUUGACCCGGGCCGAAACUACUUUGAGCGCGUCGCGUCGCACCGCCGCCUCAAGAAUGUCAUCAUGGCUCUGGACUGGGUGGUGCCCGCCGUCCAAGCCCCCGCUGAGAGAUCGGCGGCCGGCGGAGGCGGCGGCGGAGGCGGAGGCGGAGGCGGAGGAGGAGGCGGCGGGGGAGGAGGCGCAGGCGGCGGAGGCGGGGGCGGAGGCGGGGGCGGAGGCGGAGGGCCGACGCUCUCUGCGGAGCAGGAGGAGCGCUUGCGCUCUCUUUGGGCCUUCAUCGCGAGCGGCAACGCUGGGCAGGCAAAGGUCGAGGGCACGAUCUCGCGGGACGAGUUUGAGGGGCUGCUGGAGACGGAGGGGCUCGAGCCUGACCGCGCCGCCCUCGUCGCCUCCGAGCUGGGGGAGCAGGUCGGCCUCGACGAGGCGAGGCGCGCGCUGGCGGAGCAGGUCCCCGCCGAGCGGCACGAGGGGCGGUACCAGAUUGCAAUCUCGCUCGAGGAGGCGGAGGCGGUGCGGGCGCUGCUGCAUGGGCUGCGGAGCCGCGGCGCCCCGCUGCUCGGCGGCGGCACCGCCCUCGCCCUCCGCCACGGCGACCAGCUCUUCGAUGCGAGCGCCAACUUUGCCGCCGGGGAGGGGGGCCGGCUGGCCACGACGGCGCGGCAGUGCUUCCGCCUCUUCGACUCGGAGGUCAACUUCACGCCGGCGGAGGUGACGGCGAUCCUGCGCGCGCUGCAGACCAACCCGCCCGAGAAGCGGUCGAGCUGGUUCGAGUCGGUUCGCAUGUGCCGCCGGCGAGACACGCGCCACUGGAGCAACGCGCCCAUCUCGCGCGUGUUUUGCACCAAGAACCAGGAGCAGGUGGCGCGCGAGGAGAUGGUGCGCCACAAGAUUGUCUCCCACCUGAGGCAGCACCGCAUCCACGCCGCAACCUUCUUCGCCGAGUGGGGCGGCAACCAUGACGGCUUCCUCCUCGUCUCGGAGCUCAAGAGCGGGCUGCACGCGCUCGAGGGGCUGCGCAUGGAGCUCGACCGGUUCGACGGUGCUCGUGAACCGGAGCUCGACCAGUUCGACGUGCUCGUGGGCCGCCUCCGGCCGGACGAGAAGGAGCGGGUCGCGUACGCCGAGUGGUGCUCGAUGUUUGCCGAGGCCACCGACGAGCAGCGCGGCCUCGUGCGGCAGGACCACCUCGAGCCCCUCUCGGAAGAGGCGCCCGCCGACGGGCUGCCUCCGAGCGGCUACUUCAAGGGCGCCGCCGCCAUCCAGCGCAAGGACACGCCGCGCCGCUCCGUCGAGGCGGUGGCUGGGCGGCGGUACACCGAGCUCCCGCUCACGCGGCUGAUGAAGCUCACCGUGCGCAAGCUGCCGCUCUCGCUCGCCGGCCGCGCGCACUGCGUGUGGAGCACCAAGGGGCUCCCGUGCAAGGAGUCGCUCUCGCUGUGGUCGCCCGAGGCCAAGCGCGACUUUUGGGCGCCAAACAAGCAGCGCUUCUGCGUCGGCCACUACGGCAGCCCGUCGCUCGAGCACAAGCCGGGCGGCCUCUGCCUUCUCGAGCUCGAGGACGUGGUGCCGUGGCAGCUGAUGCGCAUGUGGCAGAUCGACGCCGCGCUGGCGUCCAACGCGCCGCACCCCGAGUGGUACCACCUCGAGUGGCACAAGGACUCGGCGGAGCGGCCCAUCUACGCGUGGAAGCCGAUGCCGCCGUCGGAGGACUUUGUCGCCCUCGGGAUGCUCUUCACGACCACCCCCGAGCAGCCGCCGCUCGUCGCGAUGCGCUGCGUGCACAAGAGCUGGGUGGUGGAGGCGACGGCGGAGCCGCAGUGCAUCUGGAAGGACCUCGGCAUGGGCGGCAAGGCGGGCUCGGUCUGGUGCGUCAGCGAUACCCUCGCAUCCCUCGGCGAGGCGGACGAGGCGGGCAGGCAGCGAGGGCUCGCGUGGGCGACCAAGGGGUACGAGCGGCCGCGCGGGCCCUUUUACCGGCUGCGCGACACCGCCUUCUCCCUCGCGGAGGUGAAGCAGGGGAGCGCGGGCGGCGCCGCCUCCUCGAGCCCGCCGCCGCCCGGGGAGGCGGCCGCAGAGGCGGCCGGGGAGGCGGCCGGGGAGGCGGCCGGGGAGGCGGCCGGGGAGGCGGCCGGGGAGGCGGCCGGGGAGGCGGCCGGGGAGGCGGCCGGGGAGGCGGGGGAGGCGGCGGCCCGCGAGCCACCGGAGGAGUCACUGAGCCUCGACGCGAGGAUGGUGGGGGAGGAGGGGAGGAUGAAGGAGGCGGCGCGGGGCCGCGCGCCGUCGCUGCCACCGGAAAGGUGA